UAAUUUUCACUGUUUUCAAAACCUUAUAAAAACACUUUGGAAACCCCCCUUUAUUCUUCCCCUCCUCUCAAGUCUCAACACUUUCACACGCUCUUCUUCUUUCUUUUUCUUCUCCUGUGUUUUCUUUACUCUCUGCUUAAAGCUUCACCUCCUUCUUUAACCCAUUUCAGAAUUCUUUUCUUGGCUUUUUUAAGUUUUAACACUCAAAUUCCUACUCUGUGAUUCAAGUGAACUUUUUUUUGAACUUUUCCAUUGAAGGGUUUAAUCAAUUAGUGUAAAGUUUUCAACUUUAGACGCAACGACUGACAAUUUUAGCAGAAAGUUUCAUUUUUUGAUUGAAAAGAAAACUUCCUUGAAACAGUUUUUUUUUUUUUUUUUGUUUUCUUCUCAAAAACUGACUUUUGGGUUGUUAUUUUGUUGACGAAACUUCACUUAAAGCCUUUUCUUUUGGCUUUUGCUUAACAUUUUUGUUGAGUUUGAGUGAAAUUUGAAGUGGGUUUGGGAGGUUUUUGCCUUAUAAAGUUGAGAUUUUCUUGUGAGCCCUUUUGGCAAUGCAGACUUCUUUCACUUGGGAGAAGAAGGGAUAGAAGUGUUAAAGAUGAUGGAAAAUAAACGAAGUCCUUGCUCUGUUGAUCAGGGCAAUCUCACAACUCUUGCUUCUAAGCGACAUAAAGCCGAUCUAUCCAUUUCCACCAAGGAGAGGAAAGAGAAGCUCGGUGAACGAAUCAUGGCUCUACAACAGCUUGUUUCACCAUAUGGCAAGACAGAUACAGCAUCUGUCCUUUGGGAGGCAAUGGAAUACAUCCAAUUUCUCCAUGACCAAGUAAAGGUGUUGAGUGCUCCUUACCUCCAAACUACACCAACAGCUAAGGUGCAGGAAUUUGAUGACUACAGCUUACGAAAUAGGGGUUUAUGUCUCGUCCCCAUUUCCUGUACUGCUGGAGUUGCUCGAAGCAACGGUGCAGAUAUUUGGGCACCCAUCAAGACAACAUCACCAAAAUUCGAGAAGGUGAUUACACAAUUUCAUUGAUUACUAAUCCAUCAGACCUCCAACCAAAAAGGUUUCAAGGUGAUGUGGUUGGUAACCAACUCCUCUCUUAAUGCAUAACAAAAUUUUGUUAGGCAGUUGUAACAGGAAUGGGGAGCUUGAGGGCACUAAAAAUUGGGAUUUGUGGUAUGUGAAAUAGUUUUAGUCAUUGAAUGUGUACACUAUCUAAUGGC